AUGAUGCCACAUGUUUUAGCAACGGUGGUGGAUGGUGUUAGUCACUUCGUCAAAACGCUUUGGGGUCUUCAAGAAAGGCGAUGCUCUUACACUUUCGAUGCUGUUACAUCUGCUGCGGUUUCCGUCACCAUGACGUUUGUGCUAUGCUUCUUCUCUGUUCAUAAUCGUAUACAGAGACGAGGUGGUAGUGUAUUUUUCUCCUCUUUCUGA